CUGGCGCUGGCGCUGGGCGGGCUGCCGCGGGCGGGGGCCGUGGAGGAGGAGCCCGGCGCGCAGGGCUCCACCGAGGGCUUCCAGGUGGUCACCUUCGAGUGGUACCACGUCCAGGACCCGUACAUCAUCGCGCUCUGGAUCCUGGUGGCCAGCCUGGCCAAGAUCGUGUUCCACCUGUCCCACAAGGUCACCAGCGUGGUCCCCGAGAGCGCGCUCCUCAUCGUGCUGGGCCUGGCGCUGGGCGGCAUCGUCUGGGCGGCCGACCACAUCGCCAGCUUCACGCUUACGCCCACCGUUUUCUUCUUCUACCUGCUGCCGCCCAUUGUGCUGGACGCCGGCUACUUCAUGCCCAAUCGCCUGUUCUUCGGUAACCUGGGCACCAUCCUGCUUUACGCCGUCAUCGGCACCGUGUGGAACGCGGCCACCACCGGCCUGUCCCUCUACGGCGUCUUCCUCAGCGGGCUGAUGGGGGACCUGAAGAUUGGCCUGCUGGACUUCCUGCUGUUCGGCAGCCUGAUAGCGGCCGUGGACCCGGUGGCCGUGCUGGCCGUGUUCGAGGAGGUGCAUGUCAACGAGGUCCUGUUCAUCAUCGUGUUUGGGGAGUCGCUACUGAAUGACGCUGUCACCGUGGUCCUCUACAAUGUGUUUGAAUCUUUCGUGAAUCUGGGCGGUGACAAGGUGACUGGCGUGGACUGCGUGAAGGGCAUAGUGUCCUUCUUUGUGGUGAGCCUGGGGGGCACGCUGGUGGGCGUCAUCUUCGCCUUUCUGCUGUCGCUGGUGACGCGCUUCACCAAGCACGUCCGCAUCAUCGAGCCGGGCUUUGUCUUCGUCAUCUCCUACCUGUCCUACCUCACCUCCGAGAUGCUGUCCCUGUCGGCCAUCCUGGCGAUCACCUUCUGCGGCAUCUGCUGCCAGAAGUACGUGAAGGCCAACAUCUCCGAGCAGUCGGCCACCACGGUGCGCUACACCAUGAAGAUGCUGGCCAGCGGGGCGGAGACCAUCAUCUUCAUGUUCCUGGGCAUCUCUGCCGUGGACCCGCUCAUCUGGACCUGGAACACGGCCUUCGUGCUCCUGACGCUGGUCUUCAUCUCCGUGUACCGCGCCAUCGGUGUGGCCCUGCAGACCUGGGUGCUGAACCGGUACCGGAUGGUGCAGCUGGAGAUCAUCGACCAGGUGGUGAUGUCGUACGGCGGCCUGCGCGGGGCCGUGGCCUACGCCCUGGUGGUCCUGCUGGACGAGAAGAAGGUGAAGGAGAAGAACCUGUUUGUCAGCACCACCAUCAUCGUGGUGUUCUUCACCGUGAUCUUCCAGGGCCUGACCAUCAAGCCCCUGGUGCAGUGGCUGAAGGUGAAGAGAAGUGAGCACCGUGAGCCCAAACUCAACGAGAAGCUGCAUGGCCGGGCCUUUGACCACAUCCUCUCAGCCAUUGAGGACAUAUCCGGCCAAAUAGGACACAAUUACCUCAGAGACAAGUGGUCCAACUUCGACAGGAAGUUCCUUAGCAAAGUUCUCAUGAGACGCUCGGCCCAGAAGUCCAGAGACCGGAUCCUUAACGUCUUCCACGAACUCAACCUGAAGGAUGCCAUCAGCUACGUGGCUGAGGGCGAACGCCGGGGGUCCCUGGCCUUCAUCCGCUCCCCGAGCACCGACAACAUGGUGAACGUGGACUUCAACACGCCGCGGCCAUCCACCACCUCGAUGGAGGCCUCUGUCUCCUACCUCCUGCGAGAGAACGCGAGCGCCGUGUGCCUGGACAUGCAGUCGCUGGAGCAGCGGCGGCGGAGCAUCCGCGACACGGAGGACAUGGUCACGCACCACACGCUGCAGCAGUACCUGUACAAGCCGCGGCAGGAGUACAAGCACCUGUACAGCCGGCACGAGCUGACGCCGAGCGAGGACGAGAAGCAGGACAAGGAGAUCUUCCACAGGACCAUGCGGAAACGGCUCGAGUCCUUCAAGUCGGCCAAGCUGGGCAUCAACCAGAACAAGAAGGCGGCCAAGCUCUACAAGCGGGAGCGCGCGCAGAAGAGGAGAAAUAGCAGCAUCCCCAACGGGAAGCUGCCGGUGGAGAGCUCCCUGCACAACUUCCCCAUCAAGGAGCGAGAGCUGGAGUUCUCAGACCCCGAGGAGACCCCCGGCUACGAGGCCGAGGAGAUGAGUGGGGGGAUCGAGUUCCUGGCCAACGUCACGAAGGACACCGCGGCCGACUCCUCGACAGGAAUUGACAACCCCGUGUUCGCCCCGGACGAGGACCUGGGCGCGCUGGCCGGGGUGCCGCCGUGGCUGUCUCCCGAGGAGACCGUGGUGCCCUCCCAGCGGGCGCGGGUGCAGAUCCCCUGCUCGCCCGACAACUUCCGCCGCCUGGCGCCCAUCCGGCUGAGCACCAAGUCGUCGGACUCCUUCCUGCUGGCGGACGGCGCGGAGGAGGCGUCGCGCGCGGGCCCGCCCGAGGCCACGCACAUGUGACACGGGCUCCGACGCGCCGCUGACCGGACGCUCCUCCCCGCGCCA